AAUCACACGGGAGGGAGGCGGAGGGGGCACCUCCAAGGAGCUUUAAAUGCCUGGCUGCUACUGAGCACUGGUCAGUUCGCACAGCAGCACAGCUGAGCCAAGGACCUGUCCUCCGCUGACGCCAAAGGAGCUCCCAGCCCAGCAUGGGGCCCAGGAUGUUCCUGAAGGCUGUGGUGCUGGGCCUGGCCCUGCUGGUUGUCACCAGUGCCCAGGAAGACGUCAGUGCUGACCAGGUAGCUACUGUGGUAUGGAACUAUUUCAGCCAGCUGGGCAAUAAUGCCAAGGAGGCUGUGGAAGACCUGCGGAAGUCAGACAUUAACCACGAACUCAACAUCCUCUUCCAGGGCAAGGUUAGGGAUACGAAAGCCUACACCAGAGGCCUGCAGAAGAAGCUUCUGCCCUUUGCCACGAAGCUCUAUGAGCGCCUGACCAAGGACUCGGGGAAGGUCAAGGAGAAGAUUCAAAAGGAGCUGGAGGACCUGCGCGCCCGCCUGCUGCCCCACGCCCAGGAAGUGAGCCAGAAGAUCGAGGAGCACGUGGGAGGGCUGCAGCAGCACCUGGGGCCCUACGCCAAGGAGCUGCACUCCCAGGUCAGCAAGCAGGCAGAGCAGCUGCGCAGCCAGCUGACUCCCUAUGUGCAGCGCAUGGAGAACGUGCUGCAGGAGAACAUGGACAGCCUGCAGGCCUCCCUGAUACCUUAUGCUGACGACUUCAAGGCCAAGUUUGACAAGAACAUGGAGGAGCUCAAAGGGCGCCUCAUGCCCCACGUGGAGGGGCUCAAGGCCAAGAUCGACCAGAACAUGGAGGAGCUGCGCCGCAGCCUGGCCCCUUAUGCACAGGGCGCCCAGACAAAGCUCAACUUGCAACUGGAGGGCCUGGCUGUCCAGAUGAAGAAGAACGCAGAGGAGUUCCAGGGUAAGAUCUCGACCAACGCCGACGAACUGCAGCAGAGGCUGAUGCCCAUGGUGGAGGAUGUCCGCAGCAAGCUGAUCAGCAACACCGAGGGCCUGCAGAAGUCGGUGGCGCAGCUGAGCAGCUAUCUGGACCAGCAGGUGGAGGAGUUCCAGCGCAACAUGAAGCCCUACGAGGAGACCUUCAACAGAGCCCUGGUGCAGCAAAUGGAGCAGCUCAGACAGAAGCUGGGCCCCCAUGCGAGGGAUGCAGAAGGCCACUUGAGCUUCCUGGAGAAGGACCUGCGGGACCAGGUCAGCUCCUUCUUCAGCACCCUGGAGGAGAACCAGGACAAGCCCCUGGCCCUUGUUCUCCCAGAGGAGGCUGCUCCUGGAGCAGGGCUGGAGCAGCCCCAGGAGCAGCUGCAGGAGGAGCCCCAGGAGCAGCCCCAGAAGCAGCUGCAGGAGGAGCCCCAGGAGGAGCCCCAGGAGGAGCCCCAGGAGGAGCCCCAGGAGCAGCUGCAGGAGGAGCCCCAGGAGGAGGCCCAGGAGCAGCUGCAGGAGGAACCCCAGGAGGAGCCCCAGGAGCAGCUGCAGGAGCAGCUCCAGGAGCAGGAGCCCACCCCUUUGGAGAACUGAGCUGCCCCUGGUGUCCUCUCCCCAUCACCAUCGACAUCUGCCCUGCCUUGCCCCCUGUCUGCCCCUCAGUCCCUAAGCACUUCCUGUAUGAGCUCAAGGACACAUGCCCAGUGGGUGGUAAUGCCCCUUCUCUAUACUCAAUACAGUCGCUGAGAAACUA